AUGUCGGUUGACAGAGGCUACACCUUGCUGUUGAACCACCUGCACAAUCCAGCAACAACGCUGCCACUCCAAACGAUCCAGGGAGCCCUGUCACACCACCUCGCAACGAUUUCACCGUCCCCCACACCGCUCGCGGCGACAGCGAUAUCCUCACCUUUCUACCUCUCACAACCUAUCGACUAUGCAAAGCUGUACUCCCUGUCGACGGCAUUUAGGCAUGCGUCGCACCUGAAGUUUAGGGCGCUAGCACAAUCCGAACGGAAACGAACGCGUUUGGAGGGGCUAUUCAAGAAGAGUUUGGUGGGAUCGUUGGAUCAGUGGAUGAAAGACGUAGUGAAGGGCGUGCAGGGAGGACAUCCCGUCUUGCGGAUAGCAUGCUGUAGUGGCCUUCUACUGGGUCUCGAGGAUCUCAAGAGGCCGUCGAAAGAGACCGGGGAAGGCGUAAACGUCGUGGGGGCUCGAGGAUUCGUAGAGGACGAGGACAUCGUGGCAUUGGCAGAAGUCAUGGAUGCAUAUACGUUCAAUGGACAUAGCUCGUCGUUUUCUGCACAUUUGGGUAUCGAAGAAUGGGAAAAGGAGUUCCAACCUGCUGGACAAGAUUUACUAUCAUUAGCCUUGAUUUUCGCUUCGCAAUCUUUCCCUCUGAUUUCUCAGAAUAAGCUGAAGGUCUUGCCAUUACCUGCCCUGGCGCAAAUAUUGACCUUGACGAUUGCUACGACCUUCAAGAACGGGGCUUUCUUGUCAUCCGUGUCCGCGUCCGUCACAUUAUCUCCUGAGCACCAGGUUCACAUUUCUCCCUCGUCCGCUUUCGCCCAAACGCUCCAAUCCAUAACCACCUCCCCCUUGACGGCUGCAAUCUCAUCCAUAUCCCGUUUCACGUCCAACGUGCUCUCUCUGAUGCUUGACUCGCCUUCAUCCUCCCAUUUCGCUGAAGACGUCAUAGCAGUUUGGCAAACACUCGACACCCUCCGCGAAGUAACCAAGAAGGUUGAAAGAGACUGGAUUUCCACGUCAUUGGCGAGCGUAACGGAUGCUGGUAUCGCUCCCGAUUCCAAACCAUUGGCGAAGGACGUAUGGACGAUUCUGAAAACACUGUUGUUCACUGUUAUCAUGAUUGCGGACGGUGCACUGUCACCAUUGAUAUUCAUACCGCCCUCGGCGUUCCCUGCUCCUCCCUCACCAGCACGUCCCUCGUCACCCCAACCUUCCUCUCCCGGUAAUCACAACCCACCUCAAACCACGGCUGAACCACCACCGUCUAUCACACCCUCGACACUGGCUCUCACUGCCCUCCACGCACUCUCCCACCUCAGCUUCGUCAUUUCCCAGUUUGGCGGUGUAACGAGCACGGGGAACGGGUUUGAAGAACUCAAGAAGACGUUCUACCUCAGCUUGGACAUCUUGGCUCGUAGCAGUGGUAGUGCUGAGGGGCGGCAUGAAGCUGAAAUGUAUGUGCGGGAUAGCUGCCGCGCGUUGCAUGAAGGGAGAGGGGAGGGGAAUGUAACGUUCAGACACGCGAAGCAGGCGUUUACCCUCGCAAGUAUAGAGCAACUAGUUCCUGUCAUUGGGGAUGCGUGUGUCAGGGAUUGGGUAUGGGGUGUAUGCUAUCCACACCUCAGUGACCCUUCGAAUAGAGAAACAUUCGAGUCCUCCCAUUCCGUCAUCCUAGCUAUAUUCGCUUCCCAUGCCGCACAGCAACAUCAACGACGGUCUCUCCUCCAAACUUCUGGCGCUUCCUGCCCACCUAGUUCCCUCUUCGCCAGGUGGUCGAGAUGGAGGAAUACUAGGAGGGGGCUCAGGAACAGUCGACAAUCCGAGGAAGAGGAGCAGACUAUCGCCGUCGAGAGAGGCUUCUCGACGGAGCUCGUCCAACGGAUGGUUCCGUUCUACGCUAAAUGUUUGAUCGAGAACUCCACCGAAGGUCGACUAAGUACACCUCAACUUUGCAUGGCGUAUUCUGCGCUGGUUAGGAGCGCAUGUGCCUGUGGAUAUGCGGGGUCGUCGGAGCUGACCAAGGCGGAGGACGUCGAGAAGUCCAGGGGCCAGAACGUCCUCGAGAACGGGAACAACAACAAACGCAUCGCCGACAGCCAGUUUGAAGAGGACAAGAACGAGAACCUCGCGGAGAACCAGAAGAAGAAGAGGGGUACGACGGAGGCCGAGAACGAGAACCAAGUUGCGGCAAGAUAUACUUUGGGGUGGUAUUGUGUUCAGAUGCUUCUUGAUACCCUCUCCCAGAUCAAGCAGGGCUCGAAGGGAGCGUUGGAUCUGAAAGGGAAGGGGAAGGAAAAGGAGACGGAGACGGCGGGAGAAACGAGUCAAGACAUGUCUCACGACCGUGUUCAUCGACUGCAUCUUACACUCAUUUCGACGAUAUCGUCCUUGCCGUUACCAUUAUUGGCUAGAGUCCUGCCAGAGAUAUACGACAUCAUUGUGCUGAAGGAGGGUGAAGGAAGGCACGGGGAGGAGGGCCAGGAGGAGAAGAGGAAAGAGCUGGUCGAAGAGGUUUUCCGGGAGAUCUUGGAAUCUGUGGGAGAUCGAGAGAAGGAGUAUGCGAUGCGGUGGUGGUACGCGAAUCGGGAGGAAAUGGUUCGUUCUGCAGGCGGGAUGCACGAUUCAGACGCAGUAUCGAAGGAGGAUGACACGCAAGCGAGGCUAUAA